GGCAAACUUCAGCUGCUCGGGCGCCUCGUCUUGCAAGGGCUUCAAGUACUGCUAGCAGAGAUCAGGGCAAAUGACAUAGGAUGACCCCUGCUGGUCCCCUCUUACUGUCUGUGAUAUCGUCUCUCUUGUGGCUAACGUGGGGCUUCGACCCAGCUCCCAGCGCCUGCUCAGCUCUGGCCUCCGGGGUUCUCUACGGCUCGUUCUCGCUCAAGGACCUCUUCCCCACCAUCGCCACCGGCUGCUCGUGGACCCUGGAGAACCCCGACCCCACCAAGUACUCCCUGUACCUCAAGUUCAACCGGGAGGAGCAGGUGUGCACCCACUUCUCCCCCAUGGUGCUGCCACUCGACCAUUACCUCGCCAACCUCACCUGCGGCCCGCAGGGCGACGCGGGGCCGCCCCCACGGGGCCAGGAGGACGGGGAGGAGGAAGGGGAGGCCCGGCUGGAGCUGUGCCAGGGCGCCAGCCCCAUCACCUUCCUGCACUUCGACAAGAACUUCGUGCAGCUGUGCCUGGCCGCCGAGCCCGAGGCGGCGCCCCGGCUGCUGGCCCCCGACGCCCUGGAGUUCCGCUUUGUGGAGGUGCUGCUCAUCAACAACAACAACUCCAGCCAGUUCACCUGCGGGGUGCUGUGCCGCUGGUUCGAGGAGUGCCUGCGGCUGGGGGAGCGGGGGGCGCGGCGCUGCGGCCUCACCCAGGCGGGCUGCAGCUGCCAGGCCGAGGCCCCGCCGGCGCCCCGGCAAAACGAGACGCUCUCCAACGCCCUGCCGCCAGCCGGCGCCCCGGCCGCCACCAGCAGCAGCCAGUGCUGCGUGACCGAGCUGCAUUCUGGGAAUGCGAAUGAUUUAUACGCGCCGGAGAUUAAAUACGGCGAUGAUGUGGAAGAGAAUCAGAAGGUGAAAACUCAGUGGCCGAGGUCGGCGGACGAACCCGGGGUUUAUAUGGCCCAGACAGGAGACCCCGCCGCGGAGGAGUGGUCCCAGUGGAGCGUCUGCUCCCUGACGUGUGGGCAGGGCUCCCAGGUGCGCACACGCUCCUGCGUCUCGUCUCCCUACGGGACGCUGUGCAGCGGGCUGCUGCGGGAGACGCGGAUAUGCAAUAACACCGCCACCUGCCCAGUGCACGGCCUGUGGGAGGAGUGGUCCCCGUGGAGUCUGUGCUCCGUGACCUGCGGGCGAGGGGCCAGGACGAGAACCCGGCAGUGCGUAGCCCCGCAGCACGGCGGGAAGGCCUGCGAGGGCCCCGAGGUGCAGACUAAGCCCUGCAAUAUCGCAAUCUGCCCUGUGGAAGGUCAGUGGCUGGAGUGGGGCUCGUGGAGCCGGUGCUCGGUGUCGUGUUCCAACGGGACCCAGCAGCGCACGCGCAAAUGCAGCGUCUCGGGCCACGGCUGGGCGGAGUGCAAAGGAGCCCACGCCGACGCCAGGGAGUGCACCAGCCCUGACUGCCCAACCUACCACGAAAUGUGCAAGGAUGAGUACGUCCUGCUGAUGACCUGGAAGAAGACGGCCGCUGGCGAGAUCAUCUACAACAAGUGCCCACCCAACGCCACCGGAUCCGCCAGCCGCCGGUGCCUGCUGAACGCCCACGGGGUGGCGUACUGGGGCGUGCCCAGCUUUGCCCGGUGCAUCUCGCACGAGUACAGAUACUUACAUCUCUCACUGCGGGAGCACCUGGCCAAGGGGCAGCGCAUGCUGGCGGGCGAGGGCAUGUCGCAGGUGGUGCGGAGCCUGCUGGAGCUGAUGGCCCGCAGGACGUACUACAGUGGGGACCUGCUCUUCUCGGUGGAGAUCCUGCGCAACGUCACCGACACCUUCAAGAGGGCCACCUACGUCCCCUCCUCCGACGACGUGCAGCGCUUCUUCCAGGUGGUCAGCUACAUGGUGGACUUGGAGAACAGAGACAAGUGGGAGGACGCCCAGCAGGUGUCCCCUGGCUCCGUGCACCUCAUGAAGGUGGUAGAAGAUUUCAUCCACUUGGUGGGGGACGCGCUGAAGGCCUUCCAGAGCUCCCUCGUGGUUACCGACAACCUGGUGAUCAGCAUCCAGAGAGAGCCCGUCUCGGCCGUCUCCAGUGACAUCAACUUCCCCAUGAAGGGGCGCCGGGGCAUGAAGGACUGGGCUCGCCACUCGGAGGAUAAGCUCUUCAUCCCCAAGUCGGUGUUGAGCCUCUCCUCCUCUGAAAUGGACGAGUCGUCGUACUUUGUGAUCGGGGCCAUCCUGUACCGCACUCUGGGGCUCAUCUUACCUCCUCCCAGGAGCCCCUUGGCCGUCACGUCCCGAGUGCUCACCGUGACCGUGCGCCCGCCGACCAAGCCCACGGAGCCCCUGAUCUCAGUGGAGCUGUCCCACAUGCUCAAUGGCACCUCGCACCCGCAGUGCGUCACCUGGGACUACUCCAAAGCGGAUGCGGGCUCUGGAAACUGGGACACCGAGAGCUGCCAAACGCUGGAGACCCUCCCGGCUCACACCAAAUGCCUGUGUAGCCACCUCUCCACCUACGCCGUCCUCGCCCAGCUGCCCAAGGACCUGGCCAUGGACCCCUCCGGCACUCCGUCCGUCCCGCUCAUGAUCGGCUGUGCCGUCUCCUGUAUGGCCCUGCUGACCCUGCUGGUGAUCUACGCCACCUUCUGGAGGUUCAUCAAGUCGGAGCGCUCCAUCAUCCUGCUGAAUUUCUGCGUCUCCAUCCUGGCUUCCAAUGUGCUGAUCCUGGUGGGCCAAUCCCAUAUGCUCAGUAAGGGCGUGUGCACCAUGACAGCUGCAUUUCUGCAUUUCUUCUUCCUCUCGUCCUUCUGCUGGGUGCUGACCGAGGCCUGGCAGUCCUACCUGGCCGUGAUCGGCAGGAUCCGCACACGCCUGGUCAGGAAGCGCUUCCUGUGCCUGGGAUGGGGUUUGCCGGCCCUGGUGGUUGCAGUCUCUGUCGGCUUCACUCGGACCAAAGGCUACGGAACAGCGAGCUACUGCUGGCUCUCCCUGGAAGGCGGGUUGCUCUAUGCCUUCGUCGGCCCCGCUGCCGUCAUCGUGCUGGUGAACAUGCUCAUUGGGAUCAUUGUCUUCAACAAGCUCAUGUCUCGGGACGGCAUUUCAGAUAAGUCCAAAAAGCAACGGGCCGGCUGGAAGCAGCCCGCCUGCGGCCGCCUGCUGCUGAAAUGCACCAAAUGCGGCGUGGUGUCCAGCACCGCCCUGACCUCCGCCACCGCCAGCAGCGCCAUGGCGUCGCUGUGGAGCUCCUGCGUGGUCCUGCCCCUGCUGGCGCUCACCUGGAUGUCGGCCGUGCUCGCCAUGACCGACCGGCGCUCCAUCCUCUUCCAGGUCCUCUUCGCCGUCUUCAACUCGGUGCAGGGCUUCGUCAUCAUCACCGUGCACUGCUUCCUACGCCGAGAGGUGCAGGAUGUCGUGAAGUGCCAGAUCGGGGUGUGCAAGAGCGACGAGAACGAGAACUCGCCCGACUCCUGCAAGAACGGACAGGUGCAGAUCAUGACAGACUUUGAAAAGGAUGUUGACCUGGCGUGUCAGACAGUCCUCUUCAAGGAUGUGAACGCGUGCAACCCCGCCACCAUCACGGGCACCUUGUCGCGCAUCUCCCUGGACGGCGACGAGGAUCCCAAGCUCCACCCCGGCUCCGAGGGAAGCCUGGGCUUCUCCAGCCUCCCGGGGAACAUCCCGCCCGCCGGCAUCCUGGUGCAGGUGCCCACGCUGACGCACAAGGGCCUGAACGAACUCAGCGACCCACCCGCCAAGAAGGACGUCAACCUGGACAGCCGGGGGCCCGUCUACCUGUGCACGGACAGCAACCUGCGGCAGGCCGACUACGGCUGGAUGCGGGCGGCGGAGCCGGCGCUGGAGAGCGACUACAUGGUGCUGCCCCGCCGGACUGUGAGCCUCAAGCCCUUCGGCAGGGAGGAGGGCAGGCUCAACAUCAAGGUGGAUGAGGUGCCACACGUGGGCAAGGGGCGCCGUGGGGCCGAGGCGGAGGCCUACCCUGGCUUCGUCUCGGUGGACCACAUCAAUGUGAACUUGAACCAGCCCUACGGGACGGUGAAGCACCCGUACGGCCUUCAGUUCAAGCAGCACCCCACGGUCCGGCAGAUCCUGGCCUCGGAGCUCACGGAGCGUAGCCGCACCAUGCCGCGCACGGUGCCGGGCUCCGCCCUGAAAGUGGGGUCGCUCGAGAGGAAGCGGUUACGAUACUCAGAUCUGGAUUUCGAGAAAGUCAUGCACACGAGGAAGCGCCACUCCGAACUCUACCAUGAGCUGAACCAGAAAUUCCACACAAUGGAUCGGUACCGGGCACCUGCUACCAAUGCUGCCAAGAGAGAGAAGCGGUGGAGCGUCUCUUCCGGUGGCGGGGAGAAGAGCACAUCCAGCGAAGUGACCAGUCCGGAGGAGCAGCAGCAGAAGAGCUGGAGCACCUUCAAGGCCAUGACGCUCAGCUCCCUGCCCCCCAAGCAGCGGGAGAAGCUGGAGCUGCACUGCGCCACCUGGGAGCCCCCGUGCAUGAACCUGGACGUGUCAGAAGGGGAUUUCCAGACGGAGGUGUGAGCCGGGGGGAGCCGGGCCCGGCCCGGGCAGCCCCACGCUGCAGAAGGGAAAAGCAAACAAAAGGACAAUCGGAUUUUGUUUCCCUUUUGUGGGGGGUUUGUUUUCCUCGUUUGGCCAUUGGACUCUGCUCCCCGUGCCAGGGGGGCCGUGCCCUCCCCGGCGCACCAUCCUCCUUUCGCCUUUUGUUGUGGGCUUUCUUUUCUUCUCUUCCCUUCCAACGUCGUCACCGCCGGGGGACACGCCCCCCUGGAGACACACCCACACGCCCACGGAUGUAGGGUCACGCGCACGCCAACCGGCCUCCCGCCCGCUCCUGCCUGGGCAGUGCCGCCAGCCCCGCUCUCUGCGGGCGCUGGCAGGACCCGACUUGUGUGCGGGGGCCGGGGAGCCGGCUCGGAACUCUUUUGUACCUGGGCAUCUCUUCACGCAGUGCACCGUGUGCACCUGGGAAUGACGCCCACGCCCACCGACGCAGCCCCGCCCCCUGCCCGCCGCAGGGGGCGCCCGCCCCGC